UCAGUAACUAUGGCUUCCCUCAUGACAUGCUUCCGGGGCGGAACUAGAGACACUGAGCCCACGUUUCCGGGGGAAAGGGAUUGCUGGACACUGCGCCGGCGCAAAUUUUAGUUUCGUUUCUGGAACAGCGAGUGGCAGGAAGCCGAAAAUGGUCCACGGCGAAGCUUUUUCUCGUCCUCUGAGUCGAAACGAAGUCGUCGGCCUGAUCUUCCGCUUGACAAUAUUUGGGGCGGUCACCUAUUUCACCAUUAAAUGGAUGGUGGAUGCCAUAGAUCCCACCAGGAAACAGAAAAUGGAAGCCCAAAAACAGGCUGAGAAGCUGAUGAGGCAGAUUGGAGUGAAGAAUGUGAAGCUUACAGAGUAUGAGAUGAGCAUUGCUGCACAUUUGGUGGAUCCACUCAGCAUGUUGGUAACGUGGAGUGACAUCGCUGGUUUGGAUGAUGUCAUCACUGACCUUAAAGACACAGUGAUCCUGCCAAUAAGGAAGCGAUAUCUGUUUGAAAACUCAAGGCUUCUGCAACCCCCAAAAGGGGUACUUCUAUAUGGCCCUCCUGGAUGCGGGAAGACUAUGAUUGCCAAAGCCACGGCCAAGGAAGCCGGAUGCCGUUUCAUCAAUUUGCAGCCGUCUACUCUGACUGACAAGUGGUACGGAGAGUCCCAGAAACUGGCUGCCGCUGUUUUCUCCCUGGCUGUGAAACUCCAGCCCUCCAUCAUUUUCAUUGAUGAAAUAGAUUCUUUUCUCCGAAAUCGUUCAAGCUCUGACCACGAGGCGACAGCAAUGAUGAAAGCUCAGUUCAUGAGCCUUUGGGACGGACUCGACACUGAAUUCAACUGCCAGGUGAUUGUCAUGGGUGCAACCAAUCGGCCUCAAGAUCUCGACACCGCAAUAAUGAGGAGAAUGCCCACCAGGUUCCACGUUAACCAGCCAUCUAUGAGACAGCGAGAGGCCAUUCUUGACCUUAUUUUAAGGAACGAAAGGGUGGACAGCCAUGUGGAUUUGCAGGAAAUCGCAAGCAGCAGCGAUGGUUUUUCUGGGAGUGAUCUAAAGGAAAUGUGCAGAGAUGCAGCGCUCCUGUGCGUUAGGGAUAGUGUGAUUGGAUACGCUGAGGACAGUCCUUGCGAGGAAAUCCGGCCGAUACACCAGAAGGAUUUGCUGAAGGCGAUUGAUAAAAUGAAGAAAUCUAAGAGUGCGACAAACCAGGGAGUUCUCAUGCACGUGAGCUUGGACUAGCCGCCCAUUCCAUCACACUAGCCAACCGGGGACGGGGGACGUCGGCUGCAAAAGGGAAUCUGAUCUCCUGCACCCCCCUCCCCUUUUAUUGUUUUUUUUUUUUUUUUAUAAAUUUAAACCACAUUUCCAGCAAAUCAAGGUCCUGACAGCCAGCCAUAAAGCAUAGCUGAGAUGUUGUGCUGUGAUAACUUGGAUCAAUAUCUUUCCAUUACUGUUUGUGAGUGUUGCUAUAGUGUGUAGGGUAAGAGAGAGAAUUAGGAUCCACGUGUAGUUCCUCAAUAGGCCUUUAGGCGGCAGUCUCCUUCCUUUAUUACAAUUGAAGUAUCUGGACCAUAGAACGUAGUGUGGAUGAAUGAGUAUAAUAAAGGGUAACAUUUAUUAUUUUAUUUAAAUACUUAAAGGGGUGGUUCUCCUUUACACUAACUUUUUAUAUGUUAUAGAAUGGCCAAUCCCAGGCAACUUUUCAAUUGGUCUUCAUUGUUUAUUUUGUAUAGUU